GGGACGGCACGGGCGAGCAGGAAGGGGCGGGGGGCUGCAGAGCACCGCGCAGGAAGAGACGGGCUCGGCGACCGUCGCGGGAUCCGUGCGCCUCAACCUCUAGGUCCCCGCCAUGUGGGGUCUCCUGAUCGCCUUGGCCGUCGUCACGCCUGCCGUCGGCCUGGGUCCCGGGGCGUCCGGCGCCUCUGUUCUAGGUGUUGCGCGGCGCGCGACCACCGAGGCCCCGGCUCCGACCCCCGCCCAGCGAAGCACCCCGGCCCAGCCGCCCGCGGAGAAGGAGAACGCACCUUCCUGGUCCCCAGGGACAGCAAAACAGAAUGUCCGAAUUCGCGUUGUCAAAAAGACAAAGGUCAUCAUGAGGAAGCGAAAGAAGCUAACUCACCCCCGUCUCUCAGUGACCACCAGUUCCCUGGUGCCCACCAGCCCUGCAGGGGCCCUUGACCUUCCCGACAAGCGAGAGCCAGACUGUCCCCCUUUGGGCCUGGAGUCCCUGCGAGUUUCAGAUAACCAGCUCGAGGCUUCCAGCAGCCAGUCCUUUGGUCUUGGACCACACCGAGGACGGCUCAACAUCCAGUCAGGCCUGGAGGACGGUGACCUAUACGACGGGGCCUGGUGUGCUGAGCAGCAGGAUGCCGAGCCCUGGCUGCAGGUGGAUGCCGGGCGCCCCACCCGCUUCUCGGGGGUCAUCACGCAGGGCAGGAACUCUGUCUGGAGGUAUGACUGGGUCACGUCCUACAAGGUCCAGUUCAGCAAUGACAGUCGGAGCUGGUGGGGGAGUAGGAACCGCAGCAGUGGGAUGGAUGCGGUAUUUCCUGCCAAUUCAGAUCCAGAAACUCCGGUGCUGAACCUCCUGCCAGAGCCCCAGGUGGCUCGCUUCAUUCGCCUGCUGCCCCAGACAUGGCUCCAGGGAGGAUCGUCUUGCCUCCGGGCAGAGAUCCUGGCCUGCCCAGUUUCAGAUCCUAACGGCCUAUUCCCUGAGGCCCCUCUGCCAGGAUCUUCUGAUCAGCUGGACUUUCGGCAUCAUAAUUAUAAAGCCAUGAGGAAGCUGAUGAAGGAGGUGAACGAGCAGUGCCCCAACAUCACCCGCAUCUACAGCAUCGGGAAGAGCCACCAGGGCCUGAAGCUGUAUGUGAUGGAAAUGUCGGACCAGCCCGGGGAGCACGAGCUGGGAGAGCCCGAGGUGCGCUAUGUGGCCGGCAUGCACGGGAACGAGGCCCUGGGGCGGGAGUUGCUUCUGCUCCUCAUGCAGUUCUUGUGCCACGAGUUCCUGCGAGGGGACCCCCGGGUGACCCGGCUGCUCUCGGAGACGCGCAUCCACCUGCUGCCUUCCAUGAACCCUGAUGGCUACGAGACCGCCUACCGCCGGGGCUCGGAGCUGGUGGGCUGGGCAGAGGGCCGCUGGAACCAGCAGGGCAUUGACCUUAACCACAAUUUUGCUGACCUCAACACACCACUGUGGGAGGCGGAGGAGGAUGGCCUGGUGCCUCACACUGUCCCCAACCAUCACCUGCCACUGCCCACUUACUAUACCCUGCCCAAUGCCACCGUGGCUCCUGAAACACGGGCAGUGAUCAAGUGGAUGGAGCGGAUCCCCUUUGUGCUGAGUGCCAAUCUCCACGGGGGUGAGCUUGUGGUGUCCUACCCGUUUGACAUGACUCGGACGUCGUGGGCUGCCCGCGAGCUCACGCCCACGCCCGAUGACUCCGUAUUUCGCUGGCUCAGCACCGUCUAUGCUGGCACUAAUCGGGCCAUGCAGGACACGGAUCGCCGACCCUGCCAUAACCAAGACUUCUCCUUGCAUGGCAACGUCAUCAACGGGGCUGACUGGCACACAGUCCCUGGGAGCAUGAAUGAUUUCAGCUACUUGCACACCAACUGCUUUGAGGUCACUGUGGAGCUGUCCUGUGACAAGUUCCCCCAUGAGAACGAGCUGCCCCAGGAGUGGGAGAACAACAAAGAUGCCCUCCUCACCUACCUGGAACAGGUGCGCAUGGGCAUUGCGGGAGUUGUGCGGGACAAGGACACGGAGCUUGGGAUCGCUGAUGCUGUCAUUGCCGUGGAUGGGAUUAACCAUGACGUAACAACAGCGUGGGGUGGGGAUUACUGGAGGCUGCUGACCCCGGGGGACUAUGUGGUGCGCGCCAGUGCCGAGGGCUACCACACGGCGACACGGAGUUGUCGGGUCACCUUCGAAGAGGGCCCCAUCCCCUGCAACUUCCACCUCACCAAGACUCCCAAACAAAGACUGCGAGAGCUGCUGGCAGCCGGGGCCAAGGUGCCCCCAGACCUGCGGAGGCGGCUGGAACGGCUGAGGGAACAGAAAGAUUAACACCGCAGCUGAGGAGCCGCAGAGCCUGGGGCAGGCUGGACCUGCCUAGACCUGAGGGGGAUGGAGAGUGGAGAGGGAGGGACAAAGCGGGGACGAGGUGCUUGGGCUCAUUAAAGCUUCUGGGCACCUCA